GAAAAGAAAGAGAAGGGUAAUAUUUUAUGCGGUUUCUUGCAUCAUGUUUGUUUAUAUUUUAUCAAAAGUAGUGCAAACUUUUAGUGUUAUCGAUAAUUUUAUCAAUUUUUCGUGAAAUUUAUUUAUUUUGGGACACGUUAUUCCGUACUAAAAUUACCAACACAAGCAAAGCCGCAUCACGAAGGAGCAACCAACACACAACAAACCAUUUGCAGCCAGUUGUUUCGUAGAAGUCAUUGCGAUCAGGUGCACUUUUCUCAAAUGGUCUAUUGUGCAGUGACAAAACGUAAAAUAAAAAGGUGAAUCAUUUUGCACUAAAAUCUGUCGAUUCUCGCGUUACGAUGACACUUUAAUGGACAAUAAAUUAUUAAAAAUUAAUCACUUACUCAACAAAUUUACAAAAAUUCACAUUACGUCGCAUUAUUUAUUAGAGAAGAAAAAAAAACAAUAAAAUUGAAUAAUUUUGAACGUUUCGUGUCGUGUAUGUGUACGAUCGUCUGUGAAAAAAAGAUAUCAAACAAAGAAAGUUUUUAACAGAAAAAAAAGUUUUAGUUUUAUCGAGACACACGAAAAAAAAAGAGAAAAAUUCAAACAUGACAAAUAAUAAUCGAAAAUAUAGCAGUGAAGAAGCGGAUGAGCAUCAUUAUGUUGAUCCAACGCCUUAUAAACGCUCGAAAACGAACCAAAUCUUAAUUGAUAUCUUGAAGACGGUCAUUAUUCCAGUUGUGCUCUCGAUUUGUUGGUAUCACGAGUUAAUCACAUCACUCGGACUGAAAAUUGGCUUACUCAUCAGCAUAAUCUUCUUCAUUGUAUUCCCAUUGAUCUUCAAGUACUCUUAUAAACUUCAAAGAGCAGUGCUAUUCUUGACAUUCAUUCGUUAUCCGGGCAAUUUGGAUCUUGGUCGUCCCGAUCGUUCAGGACUUUAUGCGACGCGCAACUUUUACAUUUACCAUCGUGAUCCAAAACGCGAAAAGGAUGUUCGGAUAGGCGUUUGGCAUGUCUUGCCGAAUUUUGUUGUCACGAGAUUCAGUAAGGAGCUUCGUGUGCGGGAUAAUGUUCUUGCAAAUAUCACUCUAAAUGAGCGCGAAGAUCAUCUAAGUGCCUUGAAUGAGGAGAAUUUCAACAGAAUUUCGGAAAAAUUUGGAGCUGGAUUCCAAGUUGAGCACCAUGGAGACAAUGGCGAGUCCAAAAAAUCAUUUUACGAAGCUCUCUUGCGUGACACGAAGAUUCCCGUGGUUUUGUAUUUGCAUGGAAACACUGCAAGUCGCGGAGCGCAACAUCGUGUCGACAUGUAUCAAACUCUCCGUGCGCAAGGAUAUCACGUUAUUGCCUUCGAUUAUCGUGGAUUCGGCGAUUCGAGCAGUUUGGGACCUUCAGCGCGUGCUGUCGUGCUCGAUGCGAAGAACGUGUACAAAUAUAUCGUCGAAAAAACCGAAAAUCCAAUCCUAAUUUGGGGUCAUUCGUUGGGCACGGGCAUCGGAACGCAUCUUUUGACGGAAUUGCAACAAAUGGAAAUCCGUAAACCGCGCGGAAUAAUUCUCGAAAGUCCCUUUAACAACAUUAAAGAUGAAAUUAGUGAACAUCCCUUUGCCAGAGCGUACAAAUAUUUGCCGUGGUUCGAAUUUACCAUCGUGAAUCCGAUGUUUCAGAACCAGCUGACGUUCGAUUCGGAUGAACGAGUGGCGGAAAUUAAGUUGCCGAUCAUGAUUUUGCAUGCGGAAGACGAUCGUGUGGUGCCAUUCCGACUCGGAUAUAAACUUUACAGAACAGCUCUCAAGACAAGACCCAAAAAUUUUGCGCCGAUCGAGUUUUAUCGAUUUGCAGCGUCGCAUGGAUAUGGGCAUCGAUGGAUUUGUCGCGCGCCAGAAUUGCCUUCGAUAGUUAAUGGCUUCUUUGAUAAGUACGAGGAUAGUUAGGAGUAUUUAUUAAGUUACCAAAAAAAAUUAAAUAAUGAACAAAUUUUUAAAUAAAUUCG